AGACCAACAGUGUCCGAGUAAAGGAAUGCAAGACGAUAUGAGUUAUUGCACAGGCAGGGGUAAAAUCAUCAUUCUAGUGUGUGAGUAAACUGUACGUUUAUGACUUUCACUUCGCUUAGCUGUCUUGGAGUGAAGAUGGGAUGCGGAAGCUCCACAUACACGGCGGUCCACCCGCUGACGAAGACGAACGAAGACCAGGAUGAAACAGGAAGCAAACUUGAUGGCCGUGGAGACUCAGCUGUGUCAAAGGUGACUACAGACAGUGGCGUGGUAAUGGAGAACAGAGAAAUCUUGCCGCUAACUGGACCACUUCCUAGUAAACUCCCUCCUCUAACAUCUGAGAGCAUCAGAGAAAGUGAGGUGGAGAGAGUUACUCAGGACGCUGCUGCUUCAGGUUUGCUGCAGCAGGAAAGCCCAGUAAAGGAACGGCUGAGGUCCAGUGAUAUCCUGGAGGAGUUGCUCAGUCACGGAAUCAUCCCAGAAGGACAGAUCAGAGAGAAGGGCAGCGGGUCCGCCUAUAGCAUCGUGCUGAAUGAAAAGGAAGGCAUCAUGCGAAGGCCUCCUGCCAGACUGGAGUCUCUGAAGGCCAAAAAGGCUCAAAGUUUCCACAGCAAAGAAGAGUUUGAUCAGAAGAUGAGGUUGGUUGAGGAGCGACGCAAGUUCAAAGAAGUUCAGCUUAAAACACGUUUAAGGACAAAGUCAGCACGUGUUCGUGACCCUGCUACCAUCUCCAGCAUUGAGGAGGAUGACUCCUCUCUCACCCCUGUGGAGUUGCUACAAUUGCCUCUCACCCCUGACCAAACUCCAGCUCCACAGCGCCGACACCAGAUCCCCCGCGAGCCAGCUGAGGGAGGCGAGUGGGUUAGAGAGGCCAGAUGUAACAGCAGGGCAUUCCAAGAGGAGGACAGAGAGAACAGAAAUCAAAGAAGGGAAGUUGCAAAGGAUGGCGAGAAGGAGGAAGGCGAGGUGACCCAGGUGGAAGAGCUCAAGGCAGAUGAGCUCUUCACUGUCUCUGGAGAGCUGGAGAGCGAUUUCAGCUUUCAGCAUCCAGACAACAAAGAGGAAAUAUUUUAGUUUGUUUCAUGAAUGAGCCAAUAAUGAGCACUACGAGGGGUUGAACAAAGAGGAAGGUAGCCAAAGUAUUUGCUUUUGCACAGUUAAGUAGCCUGUUAAAACCUGUGAAGACAAUGUGUCAGAAAUGUAUAUACUGUUUGAGAAAAUCAAAAGGCCUCAUAGUUGAAAGUGGACUAACGUUACAUUGCCUGUUUGCUGGAGAAGCUGUUGUUACAAUCAACAUCAACAUCAAUCAACAACAGCUCAGCUAUCAGGAAAAUAAAAAUGAAGGUUUUCUUUAACUGCUAUGUAAUUUACCUCCGCUUGAUUAAAUAUGAUUUCAUGUUCUUGCCAACAGAUCAAACUGAUUUCACUGAAAUUUUUACACAGGGACCUGUGAAAACAAACCACAACAUACCUUUGUGUCUAACUGCAUGUGAAGGAAGCUCUUGUGUUAGACACAAGAUGGCACUGUUUCAGAGGGUUACAGUUGUACACAACACCCAGAAGUCAGUGCAUGUAAUUUGUAAUAAGCUAGGAAAAUGUGUUUUUGUUUUUGGAAACGUUAGGAAAUGUGAUAAGACAUGUUUAA